AUGAAAAAUGAGAGAGCCAUAAAAAAAGAACCUUUUAGACUUAUAAUUUUGUUCUAUGCAAUUCUAAUAUAUCUAAAUAUAAGAAUAAAUGGUGAAAAAAUUAAUAACAACUUAGAAAAUAAUGAACAGGAAAAUUUAGAAAAUAAUUAUAUACAAAAAUCGGUAGUUAUUGAUGCAGGUUCAACAGGUACAAGGGUUCAUAUUUAUAAUUACGAAAUUUUGAAUAAUAAUAAAGAUAUAAAAAUAUAUAUUCCUUCAGUGAGUUACAGAACUACUCCUGGAUUAGUGUACUUAUUAAAUAAUUACUUUACAAAUAAUGACAAAGAAUCUUUUUAUGAUUAUUUUAAAAAUAUAAAAAAUUUUAUUUAUGGAAAUGUUAUGGAGUCAGAAAGAUGUAUGACAGUAAUAAUUAUUAGAGCAUCAGGAGGAUUUAGGUUACUUAGUAUACAAAAAUCAGAAGAAUAUAUUAGUUUUAUCAAAUCUUAUUUUUAUACCUAUUUUAAUGAAUUUUUAUUAAUUGAUGACUUGUUAAUAAAAGUUUUAAGUGGAAAGGAAGAAGCUAUAUUAUCUUUUGUAUCUAUCUACGCGCUUCUAGAAAAGCUAUCACCUAGUCCUGUGUUUUUUACAAAUAAGAAGGAGAACGAUAAGAAUAGCACAAGUGAUGGUAUUGAAAUGGUAGAAACAGACAAAGGAAAAACUCUUGAUGAUAGGAUAACUAAAAGUGUUGAUGAGUCCCCUUCCAUUAGAAAAUUUUCCAACGAUCAGGAAGACACAAUCGGAGUUUUAGAAUUAGGUGGAGCCACUGCACAAAUUAUUGUAAAAAUUCCUUUAUCUAAUAUGAGUGAUGAUAUAUUAAAUGUAUUUAAUUAUCAGCGUAAAGAAAAUAAGAAUAAAGAAAGUUUUAUAGAAGAAAAUUAUAAAAAUCGAAAUAUUGUGAAAAUUCGUUUUUUUAAUAGUUAUAUAUAUUUAUACUGUAAAAGCUACUUAGUAUUAGGAAGACAAAACGCAAUGAAAACUUAUCUACAUUAUGUUGUACAUAAGCAUUAUAAAAAAGAAGAUAAAACAAAUAAAUUUAUUCCACUUGCUUGUUUCCCUAAAGACUUUAAAUUUCAUAUUAAUAAUUUAUAUAAAACAUCAAUAGAAGAAGAAUUAAAGGAGUAUCAUGGUAAUACACAGUUAGGUGAAGAUGAAUAUGUUGGCGUGGGAACGGGGCAAUACAAUUUAUGUAAAACACAAAUAAGGGACAUCCUGGACCAUUCACAAAUAGACAGUCUUCCCUUUAAAAUGAAGAAAUUUAUAAAACUUUACGGAAUUGAAAAUUUCCACCACUUCGCAAUUGAUAUACUGAACAUCUCGGAGAGCUACAACCCCAUGCUGUUGAACACAGACAUGUAUAUGCAAAAGGCAGAACAAGUUUGUCCCCUCACGAUAGAUGAAAUUAGAAAAGUUGUUAGGCCUGAGUCAAACAUUGAAAAAGCGCAAACGUCCUGUUUUGGGCUCAUAUAUUUACACGAGUUUAUGCGGUAUACACUUAAAAUAGACGAACCCAUAUCGUUCUACUCUACAAAUUACAUAAACCAUAUAAACAUAACUUGGACAGUCGCCGUUUUAUUAAUGGAACUUCCUCCAUAUCUACAUUUAAUUGAAAAACAUAGCAAAAAAAAUUAUUCCUACGAUGAACUUUAA